UUCGUCAGUUCAGUCGGUGGUUUCGAACGGUGCGUUUCGUAAAAACAAUAAUCAAUGAAAAGUGGAAAACUUGUGAACCAUGACAUAAAAUACUUGUAAAAGCGGUUAUUACAUAAUGUGAACGUGUAUUUGUGGAUUUCAAAUCGAGUUGUAAGAAUCAACGUGAAAUAUAACCUCAAAGUGUGUUUAUAAAGUAUUCGUAAUACGGGAGUAAUUCUGUGAAAUAUAAAUAUUUACUUUUUGAGCUCAAAAUGAACGAUUCGGCACGAAAAAGUAGAGGCAAUGCCCGAAAACAGAUUUUAACUGCAUUGUUAGCCACCAUCCCGACCUUCACCUACGGCAUCCAAAUUGGCUGGCUUUCGCCCAUGGGCCCGUUGCUCAAGUCAGCCGACACGCCUGCGCGAGCGCCACUCCGAGACAGCGACAUCUCGUGGAUGGCGGCCGCACUGCCUCUCGCGGCCAUCUGUGGCAUACCUUUCUUCAGUUACAGCUCCGACAGGUUCGGAAGGAAGAUCUGUGUCAUUGCUGUCUCUUUGCUGUCUUGUAUAUCAUGGAUCCUCAAGCUUUCAAAAGUGACGGUUCCCUCCCUAAUAGCAGCCAGGAUCAUCGCCGGUUUAGCCGCCGGAGGCUGUUUCGUGGUCGUCCCGGUCUACGUCAAGGAGAUCUCGGAAGACGCCUGGCGGGGAGCCCUAGCGUCUCUCACUAUGACCGUCUGCAAGAUGGGAGUCAUCUUCGUGUAUGCUAUCGGCAUGCUCCUGUCGUACUCCGCGAAUCAGGCGGUUUAUCUUGCUCUGGCGGCGACGCAUGUAGUCGUCUUUUGUUUUAUGCCAGAGUCACCGAAUUAUCUGCUCAAGAUUGGGAGGGAUGAGAAAGCCGCCAAGACCAUCAGCUGGUUGCGCAGCGUCAACCGCAAGAGUAAGCUCGUGCACGAAGAGCUAGCCAAACUUCGGGAGGAGCAGCGAUUGUACGAGGAGGCGCCUUCUGUCACUCUACGGAGUAUUGUAAAAGACAAAGCGACCUUCUCAGCGCUCCGCAUGACGCUCACGCUCAUGGCGAUGCAGACGCUAUCCGGGUGCUUCGCCCUCAUGAACUUCGCAGCAGACGUGUUCCGUCGCGCGGGCACGGACUGGAGCCCUAACACCCUGGCGCUGUUCAUGGGCUCGCUGCAGCUGGCUGGGUCCUUCUUCACCACUAUGUCUAUUGAGAAGUUUGGGAGGAAGUACCCGCUAGCCUGCAGUUCCCUGGUCGUGUCCAUCUGCAUGGCGACCCUGGCGACAGGUUUCCUGGUCAGCACCAAAUCGGUCCCCUGGCUGCCCGUGGUGGCUGUGUGCCUAUGCAUCCUGGCCUACGGAGCCGGGCUGGCCCCGGUGCCUAUGGUCAUCAUGGCUGAGGUCUUCACUUUCCAGAUGCGUGCGCGCAUGGCCGGCGCUUCCAUGGCGUUCUCUUUCUUCUGCAGUUCCAUGACAGUACUAUUCUACACACCCGUAGCGAACCAAUUCGGGGAAUACGUAGUUUUCUACACAUUCGCUGCAGUAACUUUAUUCGGAGUUGUGUACACUCUACUAUGGGUCCCAGAGACGAAAGGCAAGAGCUUGCAACAGAUACAAAGGUACUGGAAGGAACCAGACCCUGAAUUUGUUUGAUACUUGCCUAUUUACCCUUCAGCAAACCGCGGAUUUGUGCUUCCCAUAUCAAUAAAGACUAUCGUUCUAGCGCUUACCAGUUGGCGCCACUAUAGAGCUAGAGAAAGGCGCCAACUGUACGGCUAGCACGAAAAACUUUCGAAUUCGAAUCGUUUGCGUAUUCGAAUCCCCAUCGAAAAGAUUUAGUACGAAAACUACAACAGCGCCCUUGUGAACGUGUCGUAAAGUGAACUUAGUAUGAGAAAUGGUUGCACUAAACUCAUUUUGAGAAUCAAAAUUGUCACGUUAUCGUUUAAAUUGAAGGUUGAGUUGAUCGGUCGAAUACGCAAACGAUUCGAAGACGAAAGUUGUUCAUACUAGAGGUACUGGUGAGCGCUGAAGCACUUUCGCAUUUGCUCUUACCAGGAUGGCGCCACUGUAGAGUCGGGUCAUGUCAAUAGCCGGUGGUGCCAACCUUUAGGAUAAAAACGAUAGCCCUCAUUGGAAUUUUGGAAAUCUGUGCUGUGAGAAGAUACGGUUACAACCAAUGGAAAUAUUAUAUUUUAGGACUAUUUAGGGGUUAAGGGUUUUGUAUUCAAUUCCGGCCAGUGUUUGUGAGAUUAUAAGGUUAAGGAUUAUGUAUAUUAUAGAGUAUGUAUGAAUUUAUUUAUGUAGGUGUAAAUAAAUGUAUGCGGCUGUUGAACACAAA